UUUUUCAUGAUUUGGACUAUUCUGAUUAGAAACGAAAGUAGAACACUGUACUGUACUGAAAUGAUGAAAUCCGAGUCGAAAUGCCCAAACUAAAUCUGACUUGGGCAAUAUUGCUGAGUGGAUCUGCAGCAGUAGCAUGGUUGUCAUGUAGUAAAAUAGAAUCUCCAGUGGUAUUUUGGGAUGCAGUUGUCAAACUUUUCUUGUUUUCCUUUCUCCUGUGGAUAGGAUGCACUAUUUUAAACAAGAUCUACACCAGUUUUGCCAAACAAAGUAGACUUGAAUCACAAGAAGUCUCCGAGGAGAGGAAACAAUGGUUCGAAGAACAGAGGAAAAGAAAUCGACAGUUGAUGCAGGAUAAAACAGUAGAAAAGGUUGACAGUUACAGAGAAAGGAUUCUGGCUCCUAGAGAAGAAGCAAGGAAACAGAAACAAGAGCAAGAGUUGAAUCUCAUCAUGGGUCAUACAUUCAGAGGAAGGGGAAAUCAGUUAGAUGAUGGUGUACAAGAUAUUACUCAACACAGUGAGAAUACCAAUGAAGAUGCCCGCGAAAGACGAAGAUUACCACCUGAUGUUGUCCUGCAUAGACCAAAACUGGGAACUCAACCAAAGAUGAAGAAGCGGGAGAUCAAGCUACUACCAGAACCUGAUGAUGGUGAUGCUGAUGGUAUAACAGUAACAUUACAUACCCCUGUAGACCAGAGAAAAUCAAGGAGAUUUUUAAAUUCAAGUCCAUUACAGGCUGUGCUGGACUAUAUGACCACUAUAGGAUACAACCAAGCUUACUAUACUUUGUCGAGCUCGUAUCCACGGAAACCGCUUACAGAUAGUGCAGAGAAAACGCUGAAAGAACUUCAAUUUGAGAAGAGAACGUUAUUGUACAUCGAGGAGAAGGAUUAGCAAGGACUGGGAUUGUCGUCUGCAAGUGAUGUCGUUGAACUUUUUUAGCGCCAUUGGCGACAAUGUUGUUCCUAUAUUAAUAGUAAAGAGCCAGGUUAGAUGGAAUAUUUUGUACCGGUUCAGUCUUAACCGGGCAGUGUGACAUUGAAUGCUCAGAUUUAUAAUUUUAGUACUUGAAAUCCGAAAUAUUACCACUUAACCUGCUGAACUUUUGUGCUGGUUUUGCCCUUAUGUUGAAUUUGGAAUAGUCCAUUUGAAGUAUUAGGAAUUUCAAUAUCAAAAUAUAAAAAAUUGUUGGUAUCAUUAGUAAAGAGCUUGGUCAGACUGCACAAAUGUGUAGCCUGGCAUAGCUGUACACUGAUGACAAAUGUAUUUUUAGUUCUGUACAGGUAUGGGUAAAUAAUUGACAACUUGUAAAAUGACAAGUUCAGUACAUAAGGAUAAAAGCUAUUAGAGUUAAUAUAUUUUUAGCUCGACUAUUCCAUAAGAAUAAGUAGAGCUAUUGUAGUCACCCGAGCGUCGGCGUCUGCGUCGGCGUCGGCGUAACCACUUAUGUUAAAGUUUUUGUAAUAGUUCAAAUAUUUUCAAAGUCCAUUGACAUAUGGCUUUGAAACUUUGCACACUUGUUCACCAUCAUGACCCCAACCUGUAGACAGGAGGAGGUAACUCUAUCAAGCAUUUUGACAGAAUUAUGCCCCUUUUUCGACUUAGAAUUUAUGUUAAAGUUUUUGUAAUAGUUCAAAUAUUUUCAAAGUCCAU